GACACGGGGGGGUAAACAGUGGUCAGCUGACUGGCUGAGCAGCAGAAGUGUGUCUCAUUAUGUGCUCAUAUACGCCCCUCCACGCCCUCAUCUCUCACUACUUCUGAGAGAACCAGACGGGUGAUGUGUCCAGCUUGAGUGGGGGAAUGCGUCAAGCUUAAGUGUAAGGAGAGAAGCUUGAUAUAUGACCAUGAGUGAGCGGGAUUAUUCUCCGCUGAGCUCUGCGUGUGUUAGAGCUCUCAGUGACAAGCUCUAUGACAAGAGGAAAGCCGCCGCCCUCGAAAUUGAAAAGAUGGUGAAGGAUUUUUCGUUGGUUGAUAAUCAAGAGCAGAUCAGACGACUUAUUCGGGUCCUGGAGGAAUUUGCCAUGUCCCACAACCCCCACACACGGAAAGGAGGACUCAUAGGACUCGCAGCUGUUGCUAUUGGACUUGGAACUAGGGGUAUUGGCCCAUAUAUUCAGGAGCUUGUCAAUCCAAUUUUGGCUUGCUUCACUGACAGUAAUCCUAAUGUACGAUAUUAUGCAACAGAGUCCCUUUACAAUGUUGUACGAGUAUCACGGGGCACUGUCUUGUCUCAAUUCAAUGAUAUUUUCACUAUCCUCGUUCGUUUGGCUACGGAUGCUGACCAGAAUGUGAAAAAUGGCUCCGAAAUGCUUGAUAGAAUAAUGAAGGAUAUAGUAACAGAAAGUGCCUCCUUUGACUUGGUUGCAUUUAUUCCUGUCCUGCGUGAGAAGUUGUAUGUAAAUAAUCACUGGGCACAGACGCUGGUGGUGUCAUGGGUCUCGGUGCUGCACACAGUACCAGAUGUUGACACCCUCUUGUUCCUCUCCGAAAUUUUGGAAGGGCUGUUUUUCAUCCUGGAAGCUCCCAAGCCAGAAGUGAAAAAAAUGUGAGUUUUUCAGUGGCAU